AUGCAUCGCAUUCGCUCGCUCAUCUCGACAAUCUCUCUAGUCCCGCUCGUUGCUGCACAGACGUACACGUCCUGUAAUCCUCUCAAAAGCACAUCAUGUCCAGCAGACGAGGGCCUGUCCUCGUCGAGUCUGACGAGUGACUUCACAUCAUCUUCCCUCCCAGCAAAAUGGAACAUCACCGCCGGCUCGUCUCUCAUAGACUACGGAAGCGGUGGAACCACAUUCACCAUCAAGGAGUCCGGGGAUGCACCGACAAUCGAGACGGAAUUCUACGUCUUCUUCGGCGUGAUCAGCGUCUUCCUCAAGUCCGCUCCCGGCACUGGCAUCGUGUCGUCCGUGGUUCUGGAGAGCGAUGACCUGGACGAGAUAGACUGGGAGUGGAUUGGUGGUGACGACAGCAAGGUCCAGACCAAUUACUUUGGCAAAGGAAACACGACCACCUAUAAUCGCGAGCUCUGGGUCGCGGCCGCAGAUUGUCAGACAACCGCACACAACUACACCGUCAACUGGCAAAGCGACAAAACAGAAUGGUACGUCGACGGCACGCUGACCCGGACGUUGAACUACGCCGACGCCGUCGAUGGAACCAACUACCCUCAGACGCCGAUGCGGGUCAAGGUUGGCAUUUGGGCCGGCGGUGACACGUCCUUGAACUCCGAGGGCACGGUGGAAUGGGCUGGAGGAGCGACGAACUUCAGCCAGGGCCCGUUCACAAUGACGCUCGAAAAGGUGGUGAUUGUGAACCAAAACCCGGCGAGCUCGUACACGUACGGCGACGAGUCCGGCAGCUACACCAGCAUCAAAAUCGACGGUGCCAACUCGACCACCGACACGGUCAGCACGGCCAGAGCUGCGGGAAAUUCGACCACGUCGGCGAGCAAUGCGUCCGGGACUGCCGUCGCAUCGUCUGCUUCGUCGAGCACCGCAGCGAUAACCACCACGUCGGCAGGUUCUGGGUUCGUUGUGGAAGGCAUGGCCAAGGCCUUGUUUGCAUGUGUUCUGGGGGCAGCAGCCUUCUUGAUUUAG